AUGCAGAGUAAAACAUUCAUAACACUGACGUUUCUGAUUUUAACCAUUGUUUCAUCGGUUCAUGCUUGGGUUACCGUAGGUUUAUCCUAUGAAAUAUGCGAAAUCACUUUUACCGAUGAUGUAAUCCACAUCAACGAGCACGACGCUCAUUUUUAUACAAAUUCUACAAAGGUCAAGAAAAUAACAUCCCAUAAUCAAACCUCAAAUGGGUUUUUACUCAAUGUCACUAUGUACGGGUGUCAAAAAAAUUGUGGUUGGUCAUUUGACCUAAAAGUAGAUAAUUCUACAAAGACAGUGACAGUUACGCCAGUUGCUAGUAAACAGCUUCCUUAUACCUGUGCGAACGACAAAACCACGUGGUCCGUUGAUCUAAACACCAAAGUUUUGAGUGUUGGAAGUACUCCUAAUCCAGAUUAUACUUUUUCCUUUAACCUUGCUAUGCAUUAUUGUAAAAAUAAUUACAACAUAGACAACAACACCGCAAUAACUGGCAAAGAUGUUAAAAAUAGUUAUAAUUGUCUCCGCUUUUAUUCUGAUAAAAUGUAUGAUCCUACAACUUUCUUUAAUUUUGAAAAUGAUGGGUCUCGAUGGCCAUUGCAGGAACAAAAACCUGCUGCUUUAUCUAUGGCUGCAACAGUUGAUAAUGCUUUUACCUUUUAUCAGAACCACUACCUAGGAAUUCAAUAUUCACUUAAUAACAUUUCUGAAAAUAUCAUUAAUCACCUAACUGAUUUUUCUCCAUAUUAUAAUCAUGCACCGGAUAACUCGAUUUCUUAUGAUCUUUCUGGCACACUACAGAACAAUCUUUAUCAACCAACUUUUCUUGAUAAAAAUGGAGCCUCAUUAGAACGAACUGUAUCAACAACAGAUUUUUACCAUAAAGUGCCUUUUGAUGCCACUGGUACAAUGAAAAAUGCUUUUAAAAAUUUUGAUCAAGAUAAAGAUUCUUAUUUGAAAAGUAUUAUUGGUAAAUUACCCAAUAUGGUUAAUGGAGAUAUUGGUGUAUUCACACCUUCAUCUUAUUGGCUUGCAGCACCUAUAUAUCAGCCCAUUGAAUUAGUUCAUUUUAGUAGUCCAGAUGUUAGGAACUUUGCACAACCUACUCUUAAUGCAGCAGUAGCAAGCAAUAUCCUCAAUCAUUAUGGCUUUACCUAUUGCAACCACGUAAAUCAAGAUAUCUGUGGUCAAUGCUGCUUGGCACAAGCUUAUGUUGAUUUAAACGGGGGGUAUACUUGCCUUGUACGUGGUAGAUUUGACUGUGAUCAUCUAGUACAUUACAACAAAUGUGUAUUCGGUGGUGUUAAUUAUAAAUCCGAUGUCAUGGAAGCAAUUGAGAAAUUUUUGGUGCCUGCUGCGCUGCAGCAGGUUACUAGAAUAGAUUAA